GUUAGAAGCGUUUACUAUGGGUGGACUUGGCUGGCGUGCGCAUUCUCCUUCCAUGAUGCUUCCCCUUCUUCCCGGGUCCACUUACUCGUUUUACUUGAUCUUCAGUGCUUAGUGAUGAGGACGUCGUCUUCACAUACGAUUGCAGCACUGCAGAAAAGAAGGCUGCGCAAGAAAAUAAAGGGGAGGACGGACAGCCCAUGGACAAGGGGAGUGACAUGAUUCUGGCGUCCACCUUCUCCAAGUCUGGCAGCUAUUUUGCUUUAACUGAUGACAGUAAGCGUCUGAUUCUUUUCCGUACAAAACCAUGGCAAUGUCUGAGUGUCAGAACUGUGGUGAGGAGGUGCACAGCCCUAACCUUCACAGCCUCAGAGGAACGACUCUUGGUGGCUGACAAAUCUGGGGACGUGUACUCCUUCUCUGUGCUGGAGCCUGAUGAAUGCGGCAGGCUUGAACUUGGGCACCUGUCCAUGCUGCUGGAUGUGACUGUGAGUCCUGAUGACUGCUUCAUACUCACCGCAGACCGGGAUGAGAAGAUCCGCAUCAGCUGGGCUGCAGCACCCCACAGCAUCGAGGCCUUUUGCCUGGGGCACACUGAGUUUGUAAGCCGCAUCUUUGUGGUACCCAGUCAUCCAGAACUGCUGCUCUCCUCCUCUGGGGAUGGCACCGUGAGGCUCUGGGACUACAGAAGUGGCCGCCAGCUGCAGUGCUAUGACCUAGCCAGCCUACAAGACCUAGCAGAACCUCGAAGCCACAAGGGGUUGGCUGCAUCUAGGAUCGCGUUCUGGGGCCAGGAGAGCUGCGUGGUGCUUCUGUGUGACUGCAUUCCUGUGGUCUUCAUCUUUCAACUCGAUGCCAGCAGACAGCAGCUCAUGUUCAGACAGCGCUUGACUUUCCCGCACAGAGUGUGGGAUGUUGCAUUUGAGGAGACCCAGGGACUGUGGGUUCUGCAGGACUAUCAUGAAGCCCCCUUGGUGCUCUGGAGGCCUGUGGAUGGCCAGUGGCAGCCUGCUCCUGAAGAUGCUGUGUCCCAGAGACUCUGCAGCUGUCUCCGCACCAGCUGGGCCAUGUUGGAAGGCUCUGUUGGUACAGAGGAAAGCUUCCGUAGUCUUUACAAGGCCACCUUCGACAACAUGACUUCGUACCUGAAGAAGAAGGAGGAGAGACUGCAGCAGCAGCUGGAGAAGAAGCGGAGGAGGAGUCCCCUCUCAGGAUCCCCUGGACAGACCAAAAAGGCAUGCCCCGGGCCAGCGGCCCUGAGUUGCUGACCUUGAGCUUUGUGGGUGCUCUCAGGACAGAUGCCCCACAGCUUUACUCAUCCCUCUUGCCUAGCUCCUCAGUAGGAAGAGGGUAGCAGCUCAGUUGGUUCCCACUCUUGACUCAGCACAUGGUCUCUGGCCUCCAGGCCUCACAUUGUUUUUUGUCACUGAGCACCAACUCUUGCCUGGUGUCUAUGCCCCUUUCUAAUUGUAGAGAAGCCAUGUGGUAUGCUAGCCAGUAGUUCUGCACAGAGCUGUGGAAGCUUCUAGGAGCCCUUUACCUUCACAUUGGAGGGUGCGCCUGACCCACAGCGACUGCUGAUUCCAUGUCCAUUGUGCCACCCAUGCCAGUCUUCCUCUGGGGAAGUCUGUGGGCAGGACACAUGUCUCCAUGCUGUUACUGUCAUCUCCUUCCGGGUGGUACACUGUGUGUCCCACGUGGUGGCCGCCUCCUGUGGCUCUGUUGAGACACAGAUGCAGUUCAGUGUUUUUUUUUCACCGCAGCUCUGCGUUCGCUAGCCACAUGUGAGUGGCUCAGUCUAGGCUGAGCAGAAGCCAUGCAUCCGUUCUUGGGAAGCUGGCUUGGUGCUGGCACAGGAGGGGACCUUAUUUUAGGGCAUCUGAGAAUGUGGUGCUGGCCAGCCCUCGUUCUACAAGGAAAUGACUGGUCAUGUGGGUCUUGCUCACUUCUGUUUGAACUCUGCACAUAAGUGCAGAGCACUUGGGCAUCAGCUGAAUGUUCACUGUGAUCAAUAAAGACGAGCUUUGUGGCAGCA